GUCCAGGCGGUGGAGCUGCUGGCUCGGCUGGUGGACGACGUCAAGCCGUUGGACUACCUGACCACCAUGCUCCUGUUCGUCGCGCUCAGCUUCGGGGUCCUCGACACGAGCCGGCGGUGGCUGGGCGCCGCGGCCGAGGCGCUGGCGUGGGCGCUCUACGGGCUGCUGCCCGGCGCGGUGCUGCCCGCCGUGCGGCUCCUGGGAGA